AUGGGUCGGGUCAUUCUUAUUCAAAUACUAUCUCUCUCAUGUCUUCUCAUCUUCUCAAACUUAGCUUCUGCACAACUGAAACAGAAUUACUACGCAACCAUCUGCCCAAAUGUUGAAACUAUCGUUAGAAACGCUGUGAGGGCUAAAGUUCAACAGACUUUUGUCACCAUUCCUGGAACUCUUCGAUUGUUCUUCCAUGAUUGCUUUGUACAGGGAUGUGAUGCUUCGGUUAUGAUAGCAUCUAGUGGAUCAAACAAAGCAGAAAAAGACCACCCGGAUAAUUUGUCACUUGCUGGAGAUGGGUUUGAUACUGUUAUCAAAGCUAAAGCUGCCAUUGAUGCUGUUCCAAAUUGUAGGAAUAAGGUCUCCUGUGCUGAUAUUCUCACCAUGGCUACCCGUGAUGUUGUAGCGUUGGCGGGUGGGCCAUCCUAUCCGGUGGAGCUCGGGAGAUUAGACGGGUUGAGUUCAACCGCCGCUAGUGUAACCGGGAAGCUUCCGAAACCAAAUUUGAACUUAAAUCAACUCAAUUCCAUGUUUUCCGCUAAAGGCCUAACCCAAAAUGACAUGAUUGCCCUCUCGGGUGCACACACCCUUGGAUUCUCACACUGUGACCAGUUCUCAAACAGGAUAUAUAAUUUCAGCAGGGUGAACCCCGUUGACCCGACCCUGAGCCCGAGUUAUGCCACCCAAUUACAACAACAGUGCCCGAAAAAUGUUGACCCGAGGAUAGCCAUAAACAUGGAUCCAAACACACCAAGAACUUUUGAUAAUGUGUAUUACAAGAAUCUACAACAAGGAAAAGGGCUUUUUACUUCUGACCAAGUUCUUUUUAGUGACUCGAGGUCAAGAUCGACUGUCAACACAUGGGCUUCCAGUUCAAAAGCUUUUAAUGACGCGUUUGUUGCGGCUAUGGGUAAAUUGGGUCGGGUUGGUGUUAAAACGGGUCGAAGUGGGAAUAUCAGGCGAGAUUGUUCUGCGUUUAAUUGAGAUAUUAAUUUUAAUUAGUAUCACAAAGCUAAUUAUAAUUUUAUGAUUUUUAUUCAAUGACUAAAUAAAAAGCAAAAGUUUACAUUUACUCCAAA